AUGGCGGGUUCCCGACUGCUGCCGCUGGCGCUGGCCCUGCUGCUGCUAGUGAGACCCGGCGACUCCUCUGCCGUCCUGGUACUCUCAGGUGUUGCUUUUACAGUGUUCUGGGAGAGCAUGGUAGCAGCUGCCUCCUCCUCAGCUCCAGAGCCAACUCCAGACCCAACGUCUGUCCUCACAUCCCCCACAUCAUCCCCCACAUCCCCCACAUCCUCCCCCACAUCCCUCACAUCCCCCACUCCAGACUCCAGUUCCACGGGUGCAAACCCAGGCUCAGUCUCCCCAGAGCCGGAAACAGCCUCUCUCCCCAGCUCCGGCUCUCCAGGUUCUGAGCUGAGCACCGUGUCCCAGUCCACGAGCUCGGUUCUGCAAGGGUCACCCACUGUGUCCAGUCCUGGCCAGGAUGCAGGCAGCCUGUGGAUCCCCACAUCACACAGGAACCCGGGCGUGGUGAUUGCCGUGUGUCUGCUUGUGUCUGUCUUGCUCAUUGGUUCUGUGUUCACUGCUGUCAGACGCUGUAACCGAGAUGCGCCAGCUUUUCAUAAUCUGGAUACAGUAUCCAUGGGCAGUGUGAGCCAGAGGCUGCCGUUUGCAGACCGCCUGCAAUCCUGACUCUCAGAGACCUAGAGAUGAGUUGGGGGGGACACCUGGAGAAAACAGUUGCUGGGAAGGUCCCGCUGUGCUGACCUGGGAUAAGCCUGCGGCAGGAGAAUGGCUUGAGCCCAGGAGUUUCAGGCCAGUUUGGCCCACACAUCUAGUACUCAACUCAAAAAAUCAAGUCAAUCCAGGGGUGAUAGAGCAUGCCUGUCAUCCCAGAACUUGGGAGGUAAAGA